AUGUCAAGUCUUCCAGAAGAGAUCUACCGUGACAUCCUUUUAAGGUUACCGGGGAAAUCUUUGGUUUCAUGUAAGUAUGUUUGCAAGUCUUGGUAUGAACUUAUUUCUGAUCCUAGUUUUAUUAAGUCUCAUCUUAAUCUUACUAACCAAAGAAACAGUUAUCGUCUUAUGUUUGAAUGUGAUGAGAUGAAUAGUGUGAAUUCCAUUAGUUAUGAUUCCUUGUCAUCCUCGGAAAAAUAUGAUGAUGCAGUCGCUGUUGAAAUGGAUUUUUCCAACACGAUUUCAAAGUGUAGGAGUGAAAUAUUGGGUUCGUGUAAUGGGUUGGUAUAUGGCUUGAAUAACAAGUUGAAAUUCUUUUUUUUGUGGAACCCAGCCACAAAGGAACACAAGAGAUUACCCAAAUCACCAGAUACAUAUUAUGGUUCUACUUUCCAUGGUUUUGGUUAUGAUUAUAAGGCCGACGAUUACAAGUUGGUAUUAGUUAGGGAUAUUUGCGAGAGUUUUCGGGUUCAAGUUUAUUCUUUAAAAUCAAACUCAUGGAAAAGCUUUGAAACCAUCCAAAGAUAUGGGAUGGGAACUUAUUAUGUAACAUACUCGGGGGUGUUUCUAAAUCGAGUUCUUCAUUGGCCCGGGAGACCUGGCAAUAAGAUAGUUACAAUGAAUAUCAGUGAAGAGGGAUUGGAAGUAUUGAAACUGCCAAUAACUGACUAUGAGUUUAUGAGUAUAGGAGUGUUAGAAGGGUGCCUUUGUGUACUUUCGGAUCAUGUGGGUAAAACUUUUGAAGUAUGGGUAAUGCCGGAUUAUGGAGUUCAAGAAUCUUGGACUAAACUUUAUUCCAUUGGAUUUGGGAGAAGAAAGUAUCAUUCCAGUAUGGUGGAGUUAUUAGUGUCGUUCAAGAAUGGUAAGAUCCUGUUUAAGAACGAGCCAAUUGGGGACGGCAAGAAUAGCGUAUUUCUAUAUGAUCCGCAGUAUAAAACUGCUAGAAAACUAAAUAUUACUGGUUUAAACGAUGGAGAAGCAUUCAGUUAUUAUGAAAGCCUGGUUUCGCUGAAGUGUUCUACUUUAGGAAAGAGAAAAAGAGAAAAAUCAAUAGAAACUUGA